GCAGGGACACACUAUGAGGGGGGAACUUUGUUACUAUGAAACUUAGAAAUAUUCGCAAAAUAUUGUUAAAAUUAUCAAAAUCCCUCGUGAAUCAAUAACCUGCCCCUAGGGUUUGAGGUUUUUAGUUUAGUUAGCCCGGAAAGGGCUUCUACCCUCACUAUUCUUACACUUUUUUUGAGAAGAAUGUGUGAGACAGACAGUUAGCAUGCCAGCUAGCCAGCUAGCUAGCUGAGAGGUGAUACAGGCGGGUAGGAGAACAAAAGAUUUUUUUUGCGUUUUGGCCGGUUGUACUGACACCAAGUCCAUGCAGAACGUGUCAUUACCAUCACAAUGCCCGUGUUACUUUUUCUGAUAGACACGUCCGCUUCAAUGAACCAGCGCACCCAUCUGGGCACUACCUUUCUGGACAUAGCAAAAGGCGCUGUUGAGACUUUUAUGAAGCUCAGGGGCAGAGAUCCGGCCAGCCGCGGGGACCGGUACAUGUUGGUAAAUUUUGAAGACGUCCCCUUCGGGAUAAAGGCUGGAUGGAAAGAGAGCCAUGCCACCUUCAUGACAGAGUUGAGGAAUCUGCAAGCAGCCGGACUCACAGCUAUUGGCCAGUCAUUGAGGACCGCUUUUGAUUUACUCAAUCUCAAUAGAUUAGUGACUGGGAUAGACAACUAUGGACAGGGAAGGAAUCCUUUUUUCCUCGAACCUGCCAUCAUUAUCGCCAUCACCGACGGAAACAAGUUGACGAGCGGCGGAGGAGUCCAAGACGAGCUCCACCUGCCCCUCACCACCCCCCUCCCAGGAAGUGAGCUGACCAAGGAGCCGUUCCGCUGGGACCAGCGUCUGUUCGCUCUGGUGCUGAGGAUCCCCGGCCACGCCUCAGUGGAGCCCGAGCCACAGGGGGGGGUCCCGCCCGACGACUCCCCCAUCACUCCCAUGUGUGAGGUCACUGGAGGGUGCUCGGCUGCCUACAGGAAGGCUCUGCAGAGGGUCAUUAACACGGCCCAGAGGAUUAUUGGCUGCCCUCUGCCCUCCCUGGAAGACAUCACCAGCUCUCGCUGCCUCAGGAGGACCAGUUCCAUCCUGAAGGACUCAUCCCGCCCAGCCCGUCAUCUGUUCGACCUGCUGCCCUCGGGCCGGCGCUACCGUUCACUGAAAGCCCGCACCUCCAGAUUCACAAGUUUUCUUCCCAUGGGCCAUUAG